CAUAGCUCGCCAUACUACCACGUGUAAUCUUCUCAAUCGCCUUUCUUAAGAAUUGUAAUUAAAAAAUGACUUCUUUAGUUGUUUGGGGUGAACCAUACCCAGUCAUACAAAUUAAUGGCCAAAAAAUCAUAGGACCGUGUCAAAACUGGGAAAAGUUCGGCAGGAAACCCAAUCAAUCGCUGGAGAUAUUCAUAAGUAAAAUACCGCACCAUUUGACUGAAUUUGAAUUAAUGCCGGUUUUUGCAUCCAUUGGACCAAUCUGGAAAUUUCGCUUGAUGAUGAACUUUUCCGGGCAGAACCGAGGAUUUGCAUAUUUGCAAUAUAUUCAUGAGGAAAAUUACGACAAAGCUUUUGAAGCUUUGAACGGUAAAACAUUUCUGUUUCCUCCGAAAUACCGGGUGAAUAUGACAAUGAGUCGUAACAUUUGCACUCUGGUGUUAGGAGGCAUAGACACAAGAUUCGACCAUAAAUUAGUUGAGAAGAACAUACAGUCGCUAGUUUGUGUUAAAGAGAUUGACAUCCUUUACAAUAAUAGGAGUCAACCAAUAUUUUUCAUCAAGUUUUAUAAUCAUCGAGACACAGCGUUGUCACGACGGACCCUUCUACAGUAUUUACCGGCGUUUGGGAAUAAAGCUUGGGUACGAUGGGGACCACAUUAAGAAGUAUACAAUAAGUGAAAAGAUACUAGCAUGGAUUAAAAUAUUAGUUCUGAUCAGAAUUAUGAAUUUGUUAUUUCGUUAUUGAUACAUGUACUUACUUUAAGCCCAAAACCAUUUUUGUUGAAGGAGUACUCUUCAAUUAUUUACGUACUUUACUUUUCUUUAUGAUAUGGCUGCAAUCGAGAUAUGACAUAAAAGGAUAUAUAUUCACCAUUAUUGGCCAUAUAUAACAACGUUAUAUAAUAUUUAGAUAUAACUCCAUAUAUAUGAAACUCACCUUAAUACCAUCUUUUGAAAAAAUAUCAAUAUAUCAACUUAAAUCUUGAUUCUAAGAAGAUAAAACUCUGAAGU